CGCUGUGUGCAUGUGUAGACACGUCGCUCAGGAAUGGUAAGAGGAUCAAUAGGUUUUAGCAAAGUGGAGAGAGAAAGCACCCCUCUUAUGCACGAUCAGGACAUCCCACACGGGGAGGAGGAGUAGGAGGGAAGCAGCGAUAGGCUCAGAUGGUUCAUUGUUGUUGUUUUUUUUCCUCCUCCCUCUCCCUCUCUCUCUCCCUUCCUAUUUCUUUACGUUCCUCUGCGGGAUGUUGAGAAAGUAAGCGAGACAAAGCAGAGCGCUUUGCAACAUGCUCGGUCACGUUAACGCCACUCCUCCUCCUCCUCCCGCCGCUGCCCCCCGUCAGCUGUUCUCCGGAGGAAUGACUCCCUGAAGCCGGCUCACCAUGUGGAUGCGGGGCAGUCAUUUCCAGACCUUUGCCGGAAGAAUACCGAGGAAAAAAGGAGCGGCGGUGGCGGCGGCCCAGAGGGCUCGGCGUGGGUGGCCGCACUGCUGGGAGUCCAUACGCUGCAGUUUGGACACUGGGAUUUUAUCUGCCUUUUUAUAGCAGCUUUUUUUUUUCAUGAAUUUGAAGGUGCUACUUUAUUUUUAAGUGCUUUUUUUGAUUGCAACCAAAGACUUAUAUUUAUGGCUGUCUGCUGGACUCGUUUGGUAUACCACUGCAGCAUGGGACACCACACCGGUGGAUAGACUAACUCAAAUCCGAGUGACAAAAGAGCUGAGUCAGCCUGAGCAUGAAGCCCGGACUGUGUCCAGGUGUCUCCAGUGACAGAACCAUGAAGCACCUUAGCCACUUUCCCUUUAGAAGACACUCCUGGAUAUGUUUCGACGUGGACAAUGGAACAUCAUCAGGUCGCAGCCCGCUGGACCCGAUGGCCAGUCCAGGAUCGGGUCUCAUCCUGCAGGCCAACUUUGUCCACAGCCAGCGGAGGGAGUCGUUCUUGUACCGCUCAGACAGCGACUACGACCUCUCGCCCAAGUCGAUGUCCCGAAACUCCUCCAUCGCCAGCGACAUCCAUGGUGACGACAUGAUUGUAACGCCAUUUGCACAGGUCCUUGCCAGCCUAAGAACUGUACGGAAUAACUUUGGAGCAUUAACCAACCUGCAGCAAGACAGAGCGUCGAAUAAGAGAUCACCCAUGUGCAACCCACCACCCAUCACCAAGACCACCUUUACAGAGGAGGCCUACCAGAAACUGGCCACUGAAACUCUGGAGGAGCUGGACUGGUGCCUGGACCAGCUGGAGACCCUGCAGACCAGACACUCAGUCAGCGAGAUGGCCUCCAAUAAGUUCAAAAGGAUGUUAAAUCGAGAACUGACUCACCUGUCAGAGAUGAGUCGCUCCGGGAAUCAGGUGUCUGAGUUCAUCUCCAGCACCUUCCUAGACAAGCAACAUGAGGUCGAGAUGCCGUCACCUCAGUCUCAAAAGGAUAAGGAGAAGAAGAACAAGCCUAUGUCUCAGAUCAGCGGUGUCAAGAAGUUGCAACACUCGUCCAGCCUCACCAACUCCAACAUCGCUCGCUUUGGCGUCAAGACGGAGACGGAAGAUGAGCUGGGCAAGGAGCUGGAACAAGUGAACAAAUGGGGCCUUAACGUUUUUAAGAUCUCCGAAUUCUCUGGGAAUCGGCCACUGACAGUCAUGAUGUACACCAUAUUCCAGGAGCGAGACUUGUUGAAAACCUUUAAAAUUCCACUGGACACCUUUAUUACCUAUUUGAUGACCUUGGAGGACCACUAUCACGGCGACGUGGCCUACCAUAACAAUAUCCACGCUGCUGACGUCACACAGUCUACCCACGUGCUGCUUUCCACACCGGCGCUUGAGGCGGUGUUCACGGACCUGGAGAUCCUUGCCGCCAUUUUUGCCAGCGCCAUUCACGACGUGGACCACCCAGGAGUAUCUAACCAGUUCCUCAUCAACACCAACUCUGAACUGGCGCUGAUGUAUAACGACUCAUCCGUGCUGGAGAACCACCACCUGGCCGUGGGCUUCAAGCUCCUGCAGGAGGAGAACUGCGACAUCUUCCAGAAUCUCACCAAAAAACAACGACAAUCAUUGCGCAAGAUGGUCAUCGACAUUGUGUUGGCUACUGACAUGUCCAAGCACAUGAAUCUACUGGCUGAUCUGAAAACCAUGGUGGAAACUAAAAAGGUGACCAGCUCAGGAGUCUUGCUGCUGGACAACUACUCCGACCGGAUACAGGUUCUGCAGAACAUGGUUCACUGCGCCGACCUAAGUAACCCCACCAAGCCGCUGCAGCUGUACAGGCAGUGGACCGACCGCAUCAUGGAGGAAUUUUUCAGCCAGGGCGACCGCGAGAGGGAGCGAGGCAUGGAGAUCAGCCCUAUGUGCGACAAGCACAACGCUUCUGUCGAAAAGAGCCAGGUGGGUUUCAUCGACUACAUCGUGCACCCCCUGUGGGAGACGUGGGCCGACCUAGUGCAUCCGGACGCUCAGGACAUUUUGGACACGCUUGAGGACAACCGGGAGUGGUACCAAAGCACCAUCCCCCAAAGCCCCUCGCCCACCCUGGACGAGCCCGAGGACGGCGGGCGGCACCCGGGCGGGGACAAGUUCCAGUUUGAGCUGACACUGGAGGAGGACGGCGAGUCAGACACGGAGAAAGACAGCGGCAGCCAGCCGGAGGAGGAUGAAGAAGAAGAGGAAGAUGAGGACGAGGAUGAAAACAGCUGCACGGACUCCAAAACCCUCUGCACGCAGGACUCGGAAUGCACUGAGAUUCCCUUGGACGAGCAGGUGGCCGAGGAAGAGGAGGUCGCCGAGGAGGGCGACUCUCCCUGCUCGCAAACAUGUGUCGUGGAGGAGGAGGAGGAGGGAGAAGAAGAGGCGGUAGCGGAAGGGAAGGAAGAUGAGGCGGAAGUGAAAUCUCCUGACACAUAACAGUUUAGGGAGUGAUGAACUGCUUCUUAGUAAUGAUUAUUUAUAGAAUUUUUAUUUUGGGGGGGGGUAUGGUUUUAUCUUACUUGUAUGUUCCCCUUCUGCCCUGCUCAGACACUGAUUUUAAAGGGGAAGUCAAGUCCAAAAUCUUCUCGACUUAAAUUUGAUGGCGCUCCGCUUCUCUAUACACAGCAUUCUGAUAUGUGCUGUAUUUGUGGAACAUGAAUUAAGUAGAAUCUGUCUUUAUGUCAGCAGCAAGUCGCCGUACAAGGCAAAAUGGCCGCCCCUUGAGAAUGAUAAAAACGGGUAGAUUUAAAUAAUUUAAUUAAUUCAUGUUCCAUAAACACAACAUUAUUCUGAAAUAUUGUAUUUAGACUAGUGAGGUCGUUUAGAACAUGUUGCGAAGACCUUUUUUGACUUGACUUACACUUUAAGCCUGCUCUAGACUGUAGCACACGAGCAAAAGAUGAUGCUGCAAAAUUUCACGCAUGCUCGCACUAGGCCGUUUGAACCGUGCUUGAGUCCACAAUGUUUAGUUGUGAUGUGUACACUUCACCUCAGAGGUAGCCCGGCACGAUUUGGAACCAACAUGCAACGCCGACAUUAUUGGAUUAGAAAAAAAUAAAUGAAAAAAGUAAUCCACAGAAUAAAAACAAGGCAGUUCAAAAUAGUAAAAAAAGUCCACCUCGUGCGCUUACAGAUGGGCAAUGUGCGUGUCAUGUAAUUAAUAAUAAUCGCCACUUUGCAAUAGAAAUAAAUACAAUAACUAGAAUAAAUCCAGAGUUAAAAAAAAGCUGUGGCAGACAUUGACAUGCAAUUUUUGUGUCAUAUGAUUAUUAUUUAUAUCCGUGCCAGUUAUCCACGAUAAUUGCCCUCUUGUGAAAUCAGCAUGAAUAGAACGACUAAAAAUAAUCCACAAAUUAGCCUCUUGCAUCUUGCGUAGUUGAAAUAAACCCCACAAUGUCAAAAAGUCCAGACCUGACUGUCCUGUGCUUCUCACCAGCUAAUGGUAACAACCGCCACCUUGCAAAUUACAACUGAACAGAACAGCUAGAAAUAAUCCACAGAGUAAAGAAAGAAUUGUGGCAAAUCCAGCACGGUUUCAAAUGGCCUUUGACUGUAAAAGGCCUACAGUAUAGAUCGGGCUUCAGCCGACACCCAGCACACAUGAGCGCCGCUCAAACAUGCCAAGCGCACGUCUGGUUCAAACAUGUCCACCCACCGGUACUCUGUCACUUUUUGUUGUUGUUGUUGUUUUUGCACUCAGGAAAACUUUAUAUUCCUGUUCACACUAAGGUGCCGUAUUUCCUGCUCCAUCAUUUGACCUUCUUCUCCUAAAUCUGAGAGGGUGUGUGUGUGUGCGUGCGUGCAUGAUGGCCUUUAGAAACACAUUACGGAUGUGGAAGUCUUCCUUGGAAAGUGGAGGGAUACUGUCUUUGUCUUGUUGUCUUCUGGUCUUUUCUACACUUUUGUUUUACUGAGCGUACAAUGAGGUCUUUGUGCGUGUGUGAGAGACUCUUGUGAGGUGUUUGCACUUGCUCCGAUAGCAUUUAUACUCCUUAAUCUACUCCCACUCGGCUAACUUGCUAGGACUUUAUGAUUAGCUUUUCUUUUGACCAUGGAGGAGGUGGAAAAACAAAAAAAACACAAGUUGAAGUGGGGUGAAGCCUUUAAAUCUUCUUGUUGCCUACAGUUCUUUUUGAACGCAUCUUGAGACAAUGCAAUGCUUUCUAGUCCAUACAAUGAAAAAGCACCUUUUUUUCUUUUGUCAAAGAAUUUGUCCUCGACACAACUAGUAACCAUGUUUAGUGAUUAGCGGAGUGAUUUUUUAAAAAAUUUUUUUAUUGUUUUGUCACUUCCUGUUUUGGUUUUUUCACUGCAUUCAAGUUGGUAGUUUGUAAUUUAUUUAAAUUUGAUCUUUUUUUUCCCCCCAAUAUUUUGAACUUGUUUUACUUGCUUUUUUCCAUUUUUAUAUCAUUGUUUAUUUUUAUUUCCGUUCAGUGUUGUUUCAUUUUCAACUUCAAUCAAUUUGAGAUGUUUUUAAUUAAUCGAACAUGCCAACUUGUCUCCCUCACUCAAAUGCUUUUUUUCACCAUUUCCACACAUAACUUGUUAAUAUAUUUUUUCCUCCCUUAAUUUGAAUCCUAUAAAGUUGGUACAGUACAUAAGUCACUGUAGCAUAGAAAAGCUUGCCAGUUUAAAAACCCAAAUAUUAUUCUUAUAUUUUUCCUUCUUCUUCUGUGUACAUAAAACACAAUCAGCAGUUGCCAAAAAAAGAAAAAACACACUUGAAGACUGCACACUGAUUUUUUUUCAUUUUAUUUAUUUUACUUUAUUUGAUCUCUCGUUUUGUUUGUGCCAAAUGCUUUCCCUCUCCAUUUUUAUCCCCCCCUCAUGCUCACCUGAUGCCCUUAUCUGUAAUACGAUCUUUUUCGGUUUAACCGCUGUUUACAAACAUGAUAUUUGUUGUUGUGUAUAUACUAUAUAGUUAUUAUUAUUAUCAUUAUUAUUAUUAUUAUUAAUGUUAUUACUAUCAUCCGUUUGUUGUAAAUGGUCAACUUUUAAUCAUCCCUUUUGGUGAUGGUGUGGCUGUAAUCGCGUACCUCUUGUUGAGAGAAUGUGUCAGAGAAAAAAAUAAUCAUAAGGUUUUAAAAAAUUGUUGCUUGGGGUGGGGGUAACUAACGAGGGGGGUUUAAGCCAAAUUAAUUUCUAAAGAGCAACUGUUCCUUGGCUCAUGGGCUGUGCCUUAAAUCCAACACUCUGUCGCCCUUCUUUUCUUUCUAUCUUCUUCUGCUGCUGCAUUAGAAACGUCCAGUGGCCUGCAAGGACAAAGUUGCAAAACUCAAAACAAAUGUCCAUGUUGUUGGAAUUGUGGCAUAAAUCACAAUAUUAUUUGGGAUGAAAAUUUCACAAUACAGUGAUUAUGUUGCACGGUACUGCGCAAUUGAACCACCAAAUGUUUAAAAGAAAAAAAUGUGACAUAAAAAGUUUUAACAAAAAAAUACUUUGAAACAAAUAAACAACAAUCAAUGGUCAGUAACCUCGCAACGAUAUAUAUAUAAAUUGACAUACAUCGACAAAAAGUAUAUUUUAGUCACAUUUAGCAAUACAAUAGGGAAACAAACAUUUAAAUGUAUUUUUGGGAACUUUGUACUGUGAAGUUGUCACAGCCAAACAAAAAACACAACAUGUUUUCAUCAAUCAACAAUUGGGUCUUUCACAACAAGUACAUUUGUUUUGCUUCUUUGUUUCUGCUACUUCUGGGCCACCGUAACGAUGGCCUCACCUCUUGAUAAAAUGCCUUUUUGUUUCACGUUUGAAGCCAAACCUUUGCUCAUGGAAAGCACACAGGCUUGGCGACACCCACACACACGUGCACAUUCAGCCGCUGCUGCAUUAAAUUUGGCUGAAACACUGACAAUGAGUGUGUGUGUCGCUAAUAAACAUCCCCCUUCCUUCCCUCUUUCCUUCCUUCCCUUCCUGGCAAUAGAACACAAUACUCCGACAAACAGAGACGCUUCUUCUGACACAUAUACUGUAGAUGCUAAACAGCCCUGGCCCAAUGGAAACAGUCUGUUGUUCUUCUUUGUGUUUUAUUUUUUAAUGGUAUGAAAGGAAAAACACAAACUGUAACUUUGAAAUAAAAGAAGAAGAAGAAGAAAAUAAAAAGGUCUUCAGGACAAUUAUUUUUUGGGGUUAUGUCUUUAGAAUGCCAACUUGUCUGGACGUUUCACAGGACAAUUCCAAAUGUUAUUUUAAUGGAAUCCUUGUUGAUUGCAGUCUAUUGGAUAGAACUGUAGAGCAUAACACUUUGUGUAUAAAAAAAGUAAAAAGAAUGAAAAAAAAAAUGUUUUAUAUGCAAUGGAUUAAAUAAAAGCAUGGGUUGAUUCUGCCUAAA